AUUGCUGAGGGCUGAAGGACACAAAACCACUCCCCCAAAUUAAAUUAUUUUAUUGUUUUUAUAUAUCAAUAUGUAAAUAUAUAUAUAUAUUUAUAUAUAUUGCUUCAGCUCUUUUGUGAGGUGAGCAGGAAGGCAACCUUGCCUGUCAUCUUUGAGACCUGAGGUGACCAGUAUGGCUUGUGGGGGGGCGGAAAGACCACCCCUAAAUUAUGCCUCUGGGGGGGUUUGGCCCCUCCUCCAUCCCCAAAUGAGAGAAAACAUGUAAAAGAACUAGGAAUAACAAUGCUUACUCACUGUAAGUGCAAUUUUGGUGGCGUUUUGUAGGGGAGAGUGGGCAGAAGGUUGGGAGGUUUCAAUGAGGGAGAUGUACUCAUCAUGGCCAACAUGUUGCUGUGUUGUUGAUAUUGCUUGUCUGCCUUUGUAGAUGCUGCAGUUGUGCAGUGUGGAUGUCACUCUGGACCCUCUAUGAGGUGUCGCAGAGUGUCACCUCUUUUGAAUGUGACAGAGCACUGAUGUCACAGAGAUCGCUGAUGUCAGAGUUGCUGUCACUGAUAUAAAAUGCGGUUGUGCAGCACUGAGGCAUCAGUCCCAAGCAGGGUGGCAGCUGUGUGGGUAGAAAAGGUUAAGGCUGAAGCCCAGGAGUACUGUGACGGGGAAGUGAUCCACCUGUCAAGGCCAGAAGAAACCCCCACGUGCUUCUUAGAGGUGCAGUGUGCUGAGAGAGCCAUGUCCCUAGGCCCCCUGAAACGCCUGCUGCGGACAGGGGAGUUUGGCAUCCUGCACAACGCACCGUUGUUUGAGAGCGACUUCUUCCAGGUUGGCUGCCAGGGGGAGAUGCUUCAAGUAACGAAACGCGUCCACAUCAUUACCAUGGGCGUGGCCUGCACUGAUCCCAGUGCAGGGAUGCCUGACACCUUGUUACUGGCUGCCCCUGCGGCCCCUCCAGCUGAGGGACUGGAACUAACCAGGCUGCUUCCACUGCGGUGUGUAAAUCUGGCUGUGCAGGAUUUCUCCGUGGAACGUCUGCAGCUCUGUUUCCACACAGGCCACAGGGUGUAUCUUCAGUUGUGCCCUGGCCCUGGUUUUGAGGGCCUCUUCCUCUGCUGGGCUCUGCUGGCGCGCAUGCUCCACACGCCCAGGGCGCCUGGUCUCCUCAACACACGUGCAGAGGGGGCCGUGCCUACAGAGGAGGCCUCCUCUACGUCAGAAGUAGAAGAGGAGGACAUGACAUCUGGCAUUGUCCUGCCCAUGGUCAAAGCAUCACCAUGUGCAGAAAUUGACGAGACCUCGCCAGCUGCCAGUACCCCAGAGGUCAUUCCAGAGCAAACUUGUGCAGAGCACCUAAGCAGCAACCAGGAUGCCCUGGUGACCAGCGCCACGGAGCAGAAGAAGUUGGUCUGCCACAGGAAGGGUGAUAGGUUGCGGGAAGUGCCAGCAGCAAAGAAGAAGCCUUCCUCUGGUCGCAACUGCAGUCAGAAAGUUGGGACAUUCUGGAGGCGGUGGUGGGCCCACGGACGUGCCGCCACAGCAGGUGUUGCUGAAAAAGCAAAGCCUCCACGGAAGGAGCAAUGAAUGUGUUUUGUUGGAUUUGUGUCUGUGGUUUUGGGGUUAUGUCUGAUAUGGGCCUUGGGCACUUUGUUGCUGUCCUGCGGUUGUUCCAAACCCUGUGACGGGCCCUGCGUUUGGGUCAGGGAAACGGACUGUAGCAGUGCAAGUUGCCCCUGUAACCAAGACGAAACAAUGGAUGAGAUCGAGGCGAUCGGCUCCGGGGCAGGCGCGUUCUGCAGCGGAGCGGGGGAUCGGGACAGGCAGGGCUUUUUUUCCGACAUCGAGGCCGCUCGAGGGAGCCGCCAGGGCCCGGCAGCCCUCGUGAGGGAGGCUGACGAGGCGUAGGCGGAGCCAGCAGCGCCCCCUCCCCGGCCGUUCAAAAGCAGCUCCUAGGGAGCGCGGGCGACCAGGACGGGCAAACAGGGCGGGGCGCGGCAGUUUGCGCGGCAGUUCGGGCAGAGAGGGCAGAACGUUCCGCCCCGCCCAUAAGAACAACACCUUCAACGGCUGUCGACCGCUAACUAGGCGGCAGUGGUCUACAGCAGGCAGAGCGCUCUCUCUAGAAAGUCUGUGUCCACCCAGACUGACCGCCUGCUCAACAAUGUGGCAGUUCAGGUCUCUGGGUGCAGGGAGUGUCUGAGCCUGUUGCUGCCAUCUGAGGCACCGUGUGUGUGAGGUGCUGUGAUAAAUUAGCGGGUGUUUGUUCAUUGUCUCUAAAAGGAAUGCAGAGAAUUUGCUGAGAAGAUAAGGUUUCACAAUUUAUGGCCUUGUUAAGGGGGAGGAUUAAGAAAGUAGAUAGUGGGGAAGGGGGUGCUGGGCAAACAUCCUUGAUGAAAUAAAGACUCUGUGGUCGCAAGGCAUCCUGUUUGCCGCUUCACUACCCCCUUUCCUGAGCACGAGCACAACGCGUGAACACUGAGAGAGGAGCGACGACCCCCAACAACGGACUGCGCAGCCUCAAGAGAUUCAACAGGUCUUGACAAGCUGGAACUUGGAUGCUAUAAAACAGUGACG